AUGAAUAGUGCGGAGUUCAAGACCAAAUAUGCCAUAAAAGACGAAGAUAAAUACCUCAAAUUGGCAAAGCGAAAACGGGACCUGGAAGAGAAGAAGAAGGCGGCCAAACGUAAAGGUGGUAAGGGUGACGAUGACGAGAAAGACAACAAGGAAGACGAUGGACAUCAAGCCGAUGAAGAGGCUGAUCCAUUUGCAGCUCAGCGAGCAAGGUUAAAGCAAGUUUUGUCAAGAUUCCGAUUGCGGGGCCGAGGUGAAGAAGAUCCGGAUGUUUAUGAGAAAAUGGUCGACAGGAUGAAAAAGGGAUCGAGAGGAAGGGAAAGCACGAGGAUACUUCUUCGUCUUUUCGAACGAGGAAUCGGAUAUCAUCAUGGCGCUCUUAACAAUGCCGAGAAAGGAGCAGUAGAGGUGCUGUACCGAAGUGGGCACUUGGCUAUAAUCUUCACCACAUCUACCCUCGCUCUCGGUGUGAACAUGCCUUGUAAGACAGUGCUGUUCGGUGUAGAUACGCCAUUCCUCACUCCUCUUUUAUUCCGNGGUCGUGCUGGACGACGUGGUUUCGACCAUUCUGGAACCGUGUGCUUCAUGAGUGUACCUACGAGUAAAAUGCGUCGCCUUCUAACAGCGUCUCUAUCAACCUUACAAGGAAACCCGCCAUUUUCUACCUCUUUCAUACUUCGACUGCUGUCAUACGUUCAUCAUAAAGAUAUUUUAACGGAAGAUCGCACCACAACAAUUUCAACGUUCGCUCAACGAGCAAAGAGUGUGUUGUCGCUGCUGCAGAAUUCGUUCUCCCUUUUUACUAGACCCGAGGCUGGCAAUGGAACACUGCAAAGGCAGCUUCGCAUGUAUACGGCUUAUUCUAUCCAGUUGUUGAGACACUUGCAACUGCUGGAUGAAAAUGUCAGAAGUUCUUUUGAAUUUUGUUGUGCCAAAAAUUUGGCCGGAUUCGCAGCUUCACUUGCAGAAGUGAACGCGGAGCCAGGAAAUCUUGUAUUUAUACAUUUGCUACAACGGGGUGCUCUACAUUUGAUGCUCAGACAAAGUGGGGUAAGAUGUUUGUUCUUUUCCAUCGGAGUACGGUUUCAGGACAAGACCAAGGCGAAGUUAAAGAUGAUUACAGUAUUAGCGAAUUUAUUCGUUCGACAUCGUGUUCCUCACUGGUUACAAAUGACCGAUAAAAAUAGUUAUCCACCUGAAACGCGGAAUUUGAUAUUCCUUGCUGAAUUGCCAAGUGAAAUGUUAACACUGGUGAAUGAGUAUAACAAAAUCGCUAUCAGUCUCUAUCACAAGUUCAUGGCCGCAGCAUCUGAUGAUCGUAAGCUUUUGGCGCCUGAGUUUGCUAAUGCUCGACAGGAUACUUCAAACUUAUUCAUAACUGAAGAUUUGGUGUCACCGGUUUUCCAAGGCUACUCACACGAUGCAACAUUUUUGCCGGUCAUCGAUUUCAACCAACGUGAUCAUCGUGGCAGAAAGCGCAUAAUUCAACGGUUGGCCGAAGGACUCGAGGCUGUCGCAAGGCAACAGGAUCCAGUUGCAGAGUUGUUACGCGAAAUUUACACGGAGUACUAUUCGAAAUUCUGCACUGCUUUUGGAAUGAAGAGCAAAGGCUAA